UUGGAAAUUAUCAGGAAAUGGGUGAAAAAUCAUCCUCCGAAGGGAAUAAUUCAACGGCCCCAACAACAUCUCAUGCGUUCCCUGCAAGCAUUGGCUUUCCCCACAGUGUCAAUCCCAUGUUCCAGUCAUCCUCGCCCUUUGUGCAAUCACCGUCAGUUUUUUCAAAUGUGCCUCACUACGAUGGUAAUUUUUUCCCUUUGCAUCACCCCAUUUCAUCUUACAUGCACAUGCUCAGUAGUCCACCACCUUUGCCACAAAAUUUUCAAGGUUCCAAUUCAUCCGGGCAAGUUCAUUCUCCAGCUAGUAUUACAGGGACUACUUCUGAUUCAGGGAAAAACAAAAGAAUUGCCAGGGAUGAAGCAGUAGCAACUUCUGCUUGUUCACCAAGAAAAGUCAAAUCCCUUGCCCAUAAGAAAAGAAAAAUCCCACUCGAGCUUGAAGCUGCAAAAGUUGGCCCAACCAGAUGGUGGACCUCUGCACAUGAUGACGUGCUCAUACCCUUCUUCGCAAAUUUGGCCAAGUCUGGUCUUAAGCCAGACAAUAACUUUAAGCAGCAUGCAUUUGCAAUGGCUGCCGCUGAAGUGAACAACCAGUUUGGUACUUCCUUUCAAGCGAAAAGUGUUGUAAACCAUAUGAAAACAAUCCGUUCUUGGUUUCAAGACAUGCAGGCUGCUCGUAACAUUAGCGGGGCGGGUUGGGAUGAAGAAACGCAAACGAUCAUGUUGGAUCCUGAGAGUUUUGAUACGUGGAAUGAGGAUAAAAAUAAGAGCAAGCUAAAAGAUUACAUUAAUAAGCCUCUGAAGCACUAUGAGAACCUAGCAAUCAUUUGUGGGGAUGAUCAAGCAAGGGGUAACUUUGCUAAGGCAGCAAUGGAGAAAUUUGGGGGUCAGGAGCCGAUUAACCUUGCAGGUGAUGACGAUGAGGAUGUUAGCAUUCAUAUGUCCCAAAAGUCCCCGCACUCAGUCAACUUAGCAGAUGAAGAUAAUCAAUCUGAAAACAACAAUGUUAGGUCAACUAGCAAGGACAAACAGAAGAAAAUCCCUUCGGCUAGAGGGAGGGGGAGGAAGGCCCCAUACCAGCAAGAGAUCAUGCAACAAAUGGUUGAGGAAGUUAAACAUUUUUCUCAUUCUCUAAAUCUUAUUAAUCUGCACUGGACAGAGAAAUUGUCCAAAGCUAUCUUCAAGCAUAAGGAUACUUACACAAUAGAAUUCUUUGAGCUUUUUUAUGAUCACAUUUUUGAGGAUGAAACCAAGGCCAGGCAUUUUAUAGGGAAGAGUGACUUCGGCCAGAGAACUUUGUUGGAAAAUUUUAAGAAAAUGCAAGAUGGGGGGAGCUAGUUUGAAUAUUUAGGAUCAUUCUGGAGAUGGUUGGGACAUAUAUAUUUUGCAUAUUUUGUGAGCACAAUGAUGUUGUUAUUUUGUAAGAACUGCUAGUUGGUGGGUAUGCAUGUAUAUUUUUUGGAUACGUUGCUCUGUAGCUACGUUUGUGAUUUAUGAUGCAACCGUGAACGUUGGUUUAAUGCAAUUAUAUGCAGGUGUCCCAUUCAUCGCUAACACAAGCUGGCUUCUUCGGAGGAUCUUGCUUUGUACCACAAGCAGGAUAGGCCGCGAAUCAGGAUCUGCUCGGUGUUGGAACUAAUUUGUCCCUGGUGGUUGCUAGCCCAGAAAAGCUACAAGAGGCAAUUGUUAACGUUGGGAUUGAAGAGCAUGCCGUCACCACUGGAGAUGUUUCAAUAGAAGGCCCAAAUGAUAAAGAAACCUUUCAUCAUGCAGCCGAUGCACCUCCGUCUGAUCCCAUACAGGACCCUUCGGGCUCUAGCGACAGGCUACUUGACGACAUGUUGUUAGAACAAAUUUGUCGUGAUGCUAUCGAACCGGUCAUCGAAGCUGUUGAACUAGUCAUCGAGACUGUUGAACCAGUCAUUGAGCCCAGUUCCUCUGCAGGAACUAUCAUAGAAGCUCAAUCGUCAAUUGCUCCAACUCAGCUCACAAUCCCUGCGACGGAAGCGACUGCUACAACUGCGGGGAUUAGUCCUGAUGAAGAAGCCGUGAGACCAACUAAUGAGGUUAGUACAUCAACGGUUACGACAUCGGCGACGAUCUUAAAAGCUCAAGAGGUUGUAACCGGCAGAGGCAAGUGCGGGCCCUCAUCUUGAGGAAACAUCACUUGACUUUGGACCGUCCUCUCGACUCAAUGAUAUGGUCAAAGCUCUGUUAUCUGAUGAUGAUCCAGAUCAAGCUCUGCUUUGCAUGGAAAUCGGCUCUCUUUUCUUCUUUGUGAAUGCGAUGAUUGAUAAGCUUCUCGUUAAGUGAUUCUCCUUUCAUCAAUUUCGACCAGCGCUUUCCGUCAAAAUAAAUGCUAUAGAGAAAGCGAGCUCUCUGGAUUUGGCGCAAGCUGUAGUUGGCGAUCUGGACCGGCUGGAGCGUGCAUUUCAACGGUUAUAAUUGAUUUUUGUAGAUUUUUCAGAAAGCUUUGUUCUAAAGUUAUAGACGACCGUGGCUUUGAGAAACUUGGAGAAAUUAUUUCAGAAACAAUGUGUGAAAUGGAGAUGUUCUUUCCUCUAUCUUUUUUCACAAUAAUGGUUCAUCUUACACAACAUCUUGCGGAGGAGACUGCAAUAGCAGGACCAGUCCAUUAUCGUUGGAUGUAUCCAAUAGAGAGAUGUCUAAAAACAUUAACAGGAGGUUAUUUGAAGCUAAUCCCAGUCAAGACCAAUCCACUGAGGAAGAGCCACCGAGUUCAGGAGAGAUGUCAGAUGAGGGUGAGGAAGAGCCGACUCCCGUACCAUUAUAUGAAGAUCCUUCAGUGCUACUUCGAGCAUAUAUUCCCGGGAUUGAGCGCGGGCCUUUACUAACAUGUGCAGAGGGGUACAGACUUAAGCAGACAGAAAAAUACAUGCUUGCCAAAAAAACGAUUGGAUGAAUGGGGCCCACAGAUUGAUGAGAUAUUAUCUGAUGCAAAAAAUAAAAUCAGACAAAGAUUUGGAGAAAAACUUUACCAGAAAAAAGGACGCCAAGGAAGUGACUUUAAAAAAGUUACCAACGGAUAGUUUUCGAGCAAUUGUGAGAUGGCGACAUAAUGGGAUUCCAACUGGACAAUGGGUUAAUAACUUUAGCUCAUACCUUGGAUGCUUGAUACGGAGGAGUGAUAAUGUGAAUCCUUAUUACGAGGCCGAGGAGCAGCCAUUUCAUGUCCUGGAGAGUAUAUAUCGAGAUUGUUGGAUAAAUUCUUCUAUUUAGCAUAAUUAUUUUUUAAUUAUGUCAAUUGUCCAUGCUUAACUAUAUGUUAAUUUUUAGAGAUAUUUCAACAUCGAAGAUAAUCCCGUAGGGUGGGAAUUUUUAUUUGGAUACAUGGGAAAGUUCAAGCAUUCUCUUCGGGAGUGGAGACAUGAGGUAAAGAAGAAAUGUUUUGAUUGUUUCACUCACAACUGGAAGAAGAUAUACAAACGAGAUAAGAGGGUUGAGCCUGAGCACUUAGCUACAUUUAUAGUAUUGUGGGGCCAAGAGGAGCACCUG